GGUUUAGUUCCACCAGAGACUUCAAGAUGAGGAGACCAUUUAUCUUUGUAUUAUUCGUUACUUGCAUUCUUUUGGGAAUAGUUUCCGCAAACGAGGACGAUGACUCUUCCCUAGAAAAGCAAGAUAUCGGCUAUGAAUAUAAGUCCAAGUGUACAGCCGAAUCUCCAAGCAACUGCCGACAUCACGAGCUGCAGGAAAUGGUGAUAGAACUUUUGAAAUUGACAAAAGAUCCUCCUAGUGACACGCCCAUUAAAGAUUGGUUUGGAAAAGUAUGGAGCUCGAUACGCAAUGCCGUAUCAAAGAUUAUACCCAAAAGGUUUAAAAAAGGCGAUUAAUCAUCGUUUCAGAUCAUCAUUGGCAGAUCUUUCUUUAAUUCUAUGUUUCAAGAGCAUAUGUACCAUAGUAUAUAAAUAAAUAUGUACUAUUUCUGCCAAC